GGCUUCCAGGACAGCGGCUGAGGAGACCUUGCCAAGGGCCACCACGCAGUAGACGCUGAGCCGUCGCUCCUGGAGAAGCAGCAGUAACAUGGCCACCCCCGCUUGAAAGGAACCCCACACUGCAGACCCCGGUGAGAGAGGAACCAUGUCCAAGAAAGGGCGAAAUAAGGGCGAGAAGCCCGAGGCGCUCAUCGUCGCCCUCCAAGCCGCCAACGAAGACCUCAGGACCAAGCUCACGGACAUCCAGAUAGAGCUGCACCAGGAGAAGUCCAAGGUGUCGAAGCUCGAAAGGGAGAAGACUCAAGAAGCCAAGCGGAUCCGGGAGCUGGAGCAGCGCAAGCACACGGUCCUGGUGACGGAACUCAAAGCCAAGCUCCACGAGGAGAAGAUGAAGGAGCUGCAGGCGGUGCGCGAGAAUCUCAUCAAGCAGCACGAGCAGGAAAUGGCCAGGACAGUGAAGGUGCGGGAUGGGGAGAUCCAGAGGCUCAAGUCGGCGCUAUGCGCGCUCCGGGAUGGCAGCAGCGACAAAGUAAGGACAGCGCUCACCAUCGAGGCCCGUGAGGAGGCCCGGAAACUGUUUGACGCAGAGCGCCUUAAGCUCUUACAGGAGAUCGCGGACCUGAAAACGGCCAAAAAGCAGGUGGAUGAAGCGCUAAGCAAUAUGAUCCAAGCGGAUAAAAUCAAGGCUGGGGACCUCCGGAGUGAGCACCAGUCCCACCAGGAAGCCAUCUCCAAGAUCAAGUGGGAGUCGGAGCGGGAUAUUCGGAGGCUGAUGGAUGAAAUCAAAGCCAAGGACAGGAUCAUCUUCUCUCUGGAGAAGGAACUGGAGACGCAGACGGGCUAUGUACAGAAGCUCCAGCUGCAGAAGGAGGCUUUGGAUGAACAGCUCUUUCUGGUCAAGGAGGCUGAGUGUAACAUGAGCAGUCCGAAACGAGAGAUCCCAGGGAGGGCAGGGGAUGGCUCUGAACACUGCAGCAGUCCCGAUUUGCGAAGAAAUCAAAAGAGAAUAGCUGAGUUGAACGCCACUAUAAGAAAAUUAGAAGACAGGAAUACCUUGCUUGGAGAUGAACGAAAUGAAUUGUUAAAACGCGUGCGGGAAACGGAAAAACAGUGCAAACCUCUUCUGGAAAGGAACAAGUGCCUCGCCAAGAGAAAUGAUGAACUGAUGGUAUCUUUGCAGCGCAUGGAAGAGAAACUAAAAGCUGUUACCAAGGAAAAUUCAGAAAUGAGAGAAAAAAUUACAUCCCAUCCACCCUUGAAGAAAUUAAAAUCUCUGAAUGACCUCGAUCAAGCUAAUGAAGAACAAGAGACAGAGUUUCUGAAACUUCAGGUCAUUGAGCAGCAGAACAUUAUUGAUGAGCUCACAAGGGACCGGGAAAAGCUCAUUCGAAGGAGAAAGCACAGGAGAAGUUCCAAGCCCAUCAAGAGGCCUGUUUUGGACCCAUUUAUUGGCUAUGACGAAGACUCCAUGGAUUCAGAGACGUCCUCCAUGGCCUCGUUCAGAACAGACCGCACACCAGCUACUCCUGACGACGACUUGGACGAGAGUUUAGCAGCUGAAGAAUCUGAACUACGAUUCCGACAAUUAACGAAAGAAUACCAGGCUCUCCAGAGAGCCUACGCCCUCCUGCAGGAGCAGACCGGAGGCGUCAUUGAUGCUGAAAGAGAAGCCAAGGCUCAAGAACAGCUCCAGGCAGAGGUGCUAAGGUAUAAAGCCAAAAUUGAAGAUCUGGAAGCAACUCUGGCUCAGAAAGGGCAGGAUUCGCACUGGGUAGAAGAUAAGCAACUUUUCAUUAAGAGAAACCAGGAGCUUUUAGAAAAGAUAGAAAAACAAGAGGCAGAAAAUCACCGGCUCCAACAGGAACUGCAGGAUGCCAGAGACCAGAAUGAGCUGCUGGAGUUUCGAAACCUAGAGCUAGAAGAAAGAGAGAGACGCUCCCCUCCGUUUAAUCUGCAGAUUCACCCCUUCUCCGAUGGUGUGAGUGCCCUACAGAUCUACUGUAUGAAAGAAGGAGUCAAGGAUGUGAACAUCCCCGACCUCAUAAAACAACUUGAUAUCUUGGGCGAUAAUGGGAAUUUAAGAAACGAAGAGCAAGUGGCUAUAAUUCAGGCCAGUACUGUGCUGUCCUUGGCAGAAAAGUGGAUCCAGCAGAUCGAAGGAGCAGAGGCUGCCCUGCACCAGAAAAUGAUGGAGCUGGAAAGUGACAUGGAACAAUUCUGCAAAAUCAAAGGCUAUCUGGAGGAAGAACUAGACUACAGGAAACAAGCUCUCGACCAAGCGUAUAUGAGAAUCCAGGAGCUAGAAGCGACUUUGUACAAUGCUCUGCAGCAAGAAACGGUUAUCAAGUUCGGUGAAUUAUUAAGUGAAAAACAGCAAGAGGAGCUGAGGACAGCGGUGGAAAAGUUACGGCGGCAGAUGCUGAGGAAGAGCCGGGAGUACGACUGUCAGAUUCUUCAGGAGAGGAUGGAGCUCUUACAGCAGGCCCACCAGAGAAUUCGUGACUUAGAAGAUAAAACAGACAUCCAGAAAAGACAGAUAAAGGACUUAGAAGAAAAGACUAACCGAAAACACGGAUAAGACCCCAGAAAAGCAAAUGCUUCUAAACCUUCAAGAUGGCAGAAAUGUUUACAGCAGAGGAAGGGAGAUCAAAAGCUGAGAACUACCCUGUAGCCAGGACUACAACUGUGUAUUUUAAAGCCAUUUUUCAAGGUUUCUUACUUGACAGUUCCUACAUGACCCUGUUGAAAAUCUACAAUAUAUGCUGCAUUUAAUGAAACAUGUAUAUGUCAAACCAGAAGGAGAAGAACUAUAAACAUGUGUUGUGUAAAGAAAACAAUUCAGCAAUGGAAACACUUUCAGCAGAUCAAGCAAAGAUGUGUCUAGGGCAUGGAACCAAAGUUACAAAGAAACAUUCUACCCCUGCUGUGCAGGGGGGGUCAUUUUAAUGUAACACCACACCCCAUGAAAACACUAGACCUGAAAUAAACAUCAUUUUAAAAAAAUCAAAACAACAACAACAACAGAAAAAAUGAGGGUGGGUGGGCUUGAAGCACGAGGAAUACCUAUGAGGAGCUAUUUACAAUAAAAUGUUUCCUUUGAAAAGUC